UCAUGAUGUACUCAUCCGAGAGGCUCUGGAACUCCACCGAGCAGCUCUGGUUUAACGGCUCUGAGGCAAACUUCUCUAAGGGAGAACGCAGGGAUGAGGAGGAAGAGGAAGGGGAUCAGCACCCCUUCCUCACAGACGCCUGGCUGGUCCCCCUCUUCUUCUCCCUCAUCAUGCUGGUAGGACUGGUGGGCAACUCUCUGGUCAUUUAUGUCAUCUCCAAACACAAGCAGAUGAGGACAGCAACCAACUUUUACAUAGCAAACCUGGCUGCCACUGACAUCAUCUUCUUGGUGUGCUGCGUCCCGUUCACUGCCACCCUCUAUCCUCUACCUGGAUGGAUCUUUGGCAACUUCAUGUGCAAAUUUGUUGCCUUUCUACAGCAGGUGACAGUUCAGGCCACCUGUAUCACUCUGACAGCUAUGAGUGGAGAUCGCUGUUACAUCACAGUCUACCCUCUGAAAUCCCUCCGCCACCGCACCCCGAGAGUAGCCAUGAUAGUCAGCACCUGCAUUUGGAUCGGCUCCUUCAUCCUGUCCACACCAAUUUUAAUGUACCAACGUAUCGAGGAGGGUUACUGGUAUGGCCCCAGGCAGUACUGCAUGGACAGAUUCCCCUCCAAGACACAUGAGAGGGCUUUCAUCCUAUACCAGUUCAUUGCUGCCUACCUGCUCCCUGUCCUCACUAUCUCCUUCUGCUAUACUCUGAUGGUGAAGAGGGUGGGCCAGCCCACCAUAGAACCUGUAGACAACAACUAUCAGGUCAACCUCCUGUCUGAGAGAACAAUCAGCAUCAGGAGCAAGGUCUCCAAGAUGGUGGUAGUGAUCGUCCUCCUGUUCGCCAUCUGCUGGGGUCCCAUCCAGAUAUUCGCCCUCUUCCAGUCUUUCUAUCCAAAUUACCAGGUCAAUUAUGCCACGUACAAGAUCAAGACAUGGGCCAACUGCAUGUCCUAUGCCAACUCCUCAGUCAACCCCAUAGUCUACGGUUUCAUGGGAGCCAGUUUCCAAAAGUCCUUCAGAAAAACGUUCCCGUUCUUGUUCAAGCACAAGGUCAGAGAUAGCAGCAUGGCUUCAAGGACUGCCAAUGCUGAGAUUAAGUUUGUUGCAGCAGAGGAAGGCAACAAUAAUAAUGGAGUGAAUUAAUGUAUGUUAAUGAAUACAACUAAUUAACAACAUGAUGUGGAGAAACAGACUCAUAACACGGAUGGACACCAACAGCGUUUGGACAAUGUCACCUGUUCCCCUGCCAAGGCUAGGCAGUGAUGGCACAUAACCUCAUCCAUCAAGCUGCCAAACACCACAGCCAAAUAAUAGAGAUCAGAAAUAUAGAUGUGGUGAAGAAAAGGAAAAUUUUGGCUCAACAACUGCACAUGGGAGUCCUACUCCCUAUGAGAUUAUGGUUGAAAAGGUUACCAGUUUUGGUAUUUAGCAUUUGAACAAUUGAUGUUUUUAGGUAAGCAAAGGAGAAGGACACAUUUUUGAGAACGACAGUGAAUGCUGAUUCAUAAUGGACAAUUUAUACUCUACAUGUACUAUACACUAACAUGUUUUUUCCACUUAUUUUGUGGUUGACGGUUGAGUCAAAAAAAAAAA